GAGUUGUGUGAGAAUGGCAGCUAGAGAAGAACCCAUUAAAAAUGUGGCUAUCAUUUUUGGGGUUACUGGGCUUGUUGGGAGAGAGAUAAUGCGAGGAUUACUCGCAAAAUCAAAAUGGGAAGUUUAUGGUAUAGCUAGAAGGUUUGAGAGCUUUCCUAUCAAAAAUCCCAAUUACCACUUCAUUUCAUGUGACUUGCUCAAUGCUAAAGAAACAGAAAAGAAGCUGUCUAUUGUGCAAGAUGCGACUCAUGUAUUUUGGGUUACUUGGACAGGCCAAUUUCCUCUAGACAGUAAAGAAUGUUGUGAACAGAACAAGAUCAUGAUGUCCAAUGCCUUGAAUUCUAUUCUCUCUACUACAAAGACAUUAAAGCAUGUUUCGCUUCAAACGGGAAUGAAGCACUAUUUAUCACUACAACAAAAAGAUAAUAAUGUCGAAAGAGAAGUUUGCUUAUAUGAUGAGGAUUGCCCAAGAGCAAGCCAGGGGUAUAACUUCUACUACGUUCUUGAGGACUUGCUGAAGGAAAGACUAGCUAGUAAUAAGGUGGCUUGGUCUGUUAUAAGGCCAGGCUUGUUGAUGGGUAGUUCUAAUAGGACUUUGUACAAUGUGAUGGGUAGUUUAUGUGUUUAUGGAGCCAUCUGUAAAUACUUAAAUCUUCCUUUUGUGUUUGGAGGGACAAGAGAAUGUUGGGAGGAAGUAUGCAUUGAUGGGUCCGAUGCUGUGUUAGUAGCUGAACAGCAUAUUUGGGCAGCUACUAAUGAUGAACUAUAUUCUACAGAUGGUCAAGCAUUUAAUUCAAUUAACGGCACAAGUUUUACUUGGAAGGAAAUCUGGCCAAUUCUUGGAAAGAAGUUUGAAGUACAAGUGCCCAAGAACAUGUUCUUGAAAGAUUUCUGGUUUGAAAAAGCAAUGAGUGACAAAAAUAAAGUGUGGGCAGAGAUUGUAGUAAAGGAAGGAUUAGCUGAGACAGAAAUGGAAGAUUUGGCUAAUUGGGAGUUCAUAGACAUAUUGUUUCGUUGUCCGAUGAAAAUGCUAGGGAGUCGAGCAAAAGCUGACCAGUUGGGUUUUACCAUGAGAUGCAAAACAUUGGAUUCAAUCCUGUAUUGGAUUGAUUCAAUGAGGGAUGACAACUUAAUUCCUUAGUAUUUACCCCUUUUAGAGCUUUAAUUUGGAUUUUUAAUUUGGAAAAUGUCAUUCUGUUUGACUGCUCUGAGUUGUUUUGUUUUCUCUUUGUUUAUGAGAUAUGAAGAUCAUAAAUAUAUAAUAUA